GCGUCGAGCAUGGGCGAGCUUCCAUCGCGGCACGACAACCUCGAGGACUUUCCGUUGCCACCCGACUUUUUCCGGAGCGACCCGCUCUCGGCCAUCGAGCAGCGGUACCUUGAAGGCCUUGGGCAACACAACAUGGCCAAGCUCCUCGUGACGCUGUCCGAGUCCUUCUUGGAUGCACAGGCAUUCCCGUGCGUCAAGACAUCGCGGAGCAUGCACCUCUACCAAGGGCUGGCGCCGCCGUCCGAGCCCAACAUCAUCCCGUUCCGCGCAGCAACGACGGUCCAAGCCACGUUUCGGGAGCUGAAGCACCUUUUGUGCAACGUCACGAGCGAACAAAUGACCAACGCGGUCCACAAAUACGCCUACGAGGUGCUGGACAUGGCCAUUUUGCACGAGAUUCCGACGCCGACGCCGCAGCAGCGCAUGUUUGUGCGCUGGAUGGCCACCGAGUGCCCGCCGCCACUGCGCCGCCGCGAUUUCUGCGUCCUGGAAGUGCACUACGAAGCGCUCCUCGGCAAUGGAAAACGUGCGUUCUUGAUCUCGCAGCACUCGAUCCGGUUAUCGAGCUGUCCAGACCUCAAGAGCGCCUACAACCUCGUUCGUGGCUCCAUCUACAACUCGGGCACCAUCAUCAUGGAAACGGACUCGCCUGGCAUCCUCAAUGUCCGCACGCACACGCAAAUGGACCUGAAAGGUCGCGUACCUUCCUGGCUGCACAAGGUUGUCGUGCGGCAGCGCGUCGCGCGGCUCCAGUCGCUGCACGCGUCGCUCCAGGAUCUCCGCCUCGGCGAGACCUUGGAUGGGACCUACAUUCCCAUGGUACGUGUGGACGCGCGGUCGCACUGUGGCGGCUGUGGCAAAACAUUUCAUACAUUUCCCAAGUGGCGACGAAAGCACCACUGUCAGCUCUGCGGCGAGGUCUUUUGCAGCAAGUGCGCGACGCCGUUGCAGACCAAGGGCCGCGUCUGCUACGCGUGUAAGGGCACCACGGUCGAGAGCUCGCUACGGAGUCCAUGCCGCAGCGCCGAUGCGGCGUAUGCGAAACACUGCUUGUUUGACGAUUUCCUGGACGACGACGACGACGACAGCAUCGUGGGUGCGAAUACGACCGGGCACAUGCCCGCGUACCACCCGUGCACGUCGUCGUCAAAGCUCUUGCAGCUGCUGGACAAGCCGCGCGUCGGCGAGCUCUCAACGCCUGAUGUCGCGCUCGAAGCGCUGCAGUUUGAUUGGCUCGCACCUGGUGAGCUGGCCUCGCCGCACCAAGGCAGCAGCGCGCUCCUGCCGAUGCUCGAGGUCGACUCAGCCCACGUGCUUCGCCUUAUCGUAUAGUACAGUCGAUAUCGCCUUCCUUGUAAUAUUGUCCCU